UAUAAAAGAACAGAUUUCUUCAGUGUAUUUAUCAGUUUACAGUCUGACUUCACUAGAUCAACUGCACUGCACUACUGCAAAUAUUUAUUGAAAAUGAUGCUUAAAGUUGUAGGUCUCCUUGCCUUAGUCGCUUUGGCGGUAGGUCAGCAUGGACAUGGCCACGGGUAUUCCUCCCAGUACAUAUCUAAACACGAUGGACACCCGCAGAUAGUCACCAUUAAAGACCACCACGGACACGAGAAACACGUCGAUUACUACACUCAUCCCAAAUACGAGUUCAAGUACAAAGUGGAUGAUGACCACACUGGCGACCACAAGGCGCAGCACGAGCACCGCGACGGCCACGACACCAAGUCCACGUACCACGUCGAUGUCAAGCACAUUGUUCCUGAGCAUCAUCAUCACUAA